AUGUUCACUGACGUGCUUUCACAUUUGUUACCGAAAGCAACGCUGGGUAUUCACGAAACGUUGCGCGAAAUAGUUGAGAGGGUUGCUCCAGAAGAGCUGGAGAAGACUCUGAUCUCUGAUGCCAGCGGGGAGACUUUUGAGCAUGCAAACGAUACGAGGGAGAUAACCUUUUCGUACGUCUGCCCGUAUUCGAUAAAGGAGGGCAAGGACUGCGACCGCGUCGUUCUCAGACCUUCAGCAUUCAAGAAAUAUGUCUGCGAUUGGAUCGGAGAUGUGUGCGAUGGCUUGGUGGGCGUUAGCGAGCUCACGUCUUCCCAGUUUGAUCCGAUAAGUUUCGACGGCGAGGGGUAG